GAAGGCCGGAGAAGGGGGCGUGUUCGAAGAGCGAGCAGCAAGCACCCCAACACAUCCACGCCACACCCUAGUCUAUCGCCUCUCUGAUCUCCUUACCGCAUCUUCACUUCAUCUGCAGGAUUCAUGCCGCUUGCUUCCUGCCAAGUUACCUUUGCCCUAGUCUUGCCGCGUACCUACGACCAACCAAGAUGGGAUCGACGAUGCACAUCCAGGCAGCCCCCCUUACAAUCCUCUUUGUAACCCGCCGUGGGCACGACGUCGCCCAAUCCAGCAAGCACAUCUCUUUUCGGCAGCCUUGCUCGACCAGUGGCUCUCUUUCUGUCGCGCGAUGUGCCUACACCCCCUUUCUCCCCUCUGCAUUAACCAUUGUCGCCGCCACCGUUGGUCAUCUCAUCUGCGAGGAGCGGAACCAAACCGUCUGGCACAUGGGGACGAUGUUCGCGGCCACUUCGGUGAGCGUAGCGUCCACUGCCCACCCACUGAGGAGAUCGUCUGCUGACACCUCGGCGUCUCUCGCGGGAUCUUGCGCGUUUCUCACGAUCUCAUGCAGGCUUACCACCACUCGAUAUAAAACACCAGCCCUGGUCCACGUCACUCCCUGGCAGGCUACACUGGCGCGGUUCACGAUUGACUUUCCGCUCGAUACGGGCACUUCAAUCCAACCGUUCCUACUCGGAGCUACUGCCUUUUCAGGCAGCCAUCUCCUGACUAAGAGCAAAUCACCACUGCCAUCAUCUUCUGCCUCGCUCCGCUUUAUUGGGCCAUGCGCCAGAUCCGGCCAUCGCUAUCAAAACAUCACAUCUCAAUUCUUUGACUGGGUCGUUUCCGCUGUUUCGACAUGGGUUUGGAUGCGGGAUCUUAAUGUACUCCUCAGGUACCCGAAAAGUCAUGAUCCAGCAUCCAUCUAGUCUUCCAUGGCGCGGAUUCGUGAUUUCACCCCGGAGUGCGGAGGAUUUCUCAUAAAAACCACAUGUUAGCGACGUUGACCACAGUAUUACGAGCAUCAA